UCAUCAUGGCGUCGAGCCUGUCGCUCGCUCUCGACGCCGAGCCGCGGCAGCGGUCAGAACACCCGCCGCCGUCGUCCCCGCGGUCGCAGCGUGGCACCUUUGUGGGGAACUAUAAGCUGGGCAAGACGCUCGGUGAGGGCUCGUUCGGGAAGGUCCUUUCGGCAACCCACACCCUGACGGGAGAGACGGUCGCCAUCAAAGUGCUGCACAAGGACAAGAUCACCGAGAAGGAGCUCGAGCGAGUGACGCGCGAGAUCCGAAUCCUGCAGCUGCUUCGGCAUCCGAACAUUGUACAGCUGUAUGAGGUUCUCGACACGCCCGGGCACAUCUACUUGGUCAUGGAGUACGCCACUGGCGGCGAGCUCUUUGAUUACAUUGUGACGCAUGGCAAGGUCAAGGAGAGCAAGGCACUCAAGUUUUUCCUGGAAAUGCUCUCUGCGGUCCACUACUGCCAUUGCAACUCGAUCAUCCACCGCGACCUCAAGCCGGAGAAUCUGCUGCUCGAUGACAAGUCGCACAUCAAGAUCAUCGACUUUGGCUUUGCCAACACCUUUCAAGACGGCGCGCUGUUGAACACGUUUUGCGGCUCACCGGCGUACGCGCCGCCCGAGAUGGUGGUCGGCGAGGCUUACGACGGCAAGCGCGUCGACAUUUGGUCCAUGGGUGUCAUCCUCUACGCCCUCAUUGCGGGCUACCUUCCUUUUGACGAUGAAAACGUCUCGGCGCUCUACCGCAAGGUCAUGGCCGGCAAGUACAAGUGCCCGCGGUCGAUGUCGCCACCCAUCCGCGAUCUCAUUGCACGCAUGCUUGUGGUGGACCCUUCCAAGCGCAUCACCAUCGAGGGCAUCAUGCAGCAUCCGUGGAUUGUCGAGAAUGCGAGCACCGCCAUGCGCGCUGGCGUCCUCGCCUCGUCGCCGCUCGACCGCCUUGCUGGUGAGCCCGAUCCCGAGCUCAUCGCCCUCUGUGACUCGUUUGGGUUUCCCGAGCCCGAGCUUCGUGCCGGCCUCACCGAAGGCAUGCGCAACCAGGCGACAACGACAUACUUUCUCCUUGCCCAGCGGAAGAAGGCCUCACCGGCCGACUUUCGUGCCAUGGUCGCCGCCACCAACGGCGCCGCCACCAGCGAGGCAUCGGACGUCGUCCCCAUGCUCCGUGUCCGCAAGACCACCGUGACGACUCCGUCGUCGCCGCUCGCCUCUCCGCAUAAGAGCCACCGUCCGCGCGUCUCGUCGCCGCUGGCGUCGACAAUGAGCAAGGCCGCUGCAGCUGCCGCUGCCGCCACCUCGGCGGCCGGCGGUCGCCACCCCCGCGCCUCGCCGCGGUCUGGCGGGACCCGCAAGCGCUCAUCGACGGUCUCGUCGUCGUCGCGCUCGCGUGUCGUCUCGCCGCGCUCGCCUACCUCGCCAUCGUCGUCGACAACCUCACCACUUUCUCCGCUCUCGCCGACGUCGCCGACAACGCCGACGUCGCCCAAGAAAAAGUCGAGCCGGAGCCGGCACCGCUCUCGCCAGCGGGCCGGAACAGGCGAACUGUCUCCGUCCGGCUCGUCGCCGGCCCGAUCGCUGGCGGCCAAGGUCAACGCGCGGCGCGCGCGGCAGGCCGCACCGGCGCCAGAGCUCGCGUCGUCGCUGCCCAACUUUUCGUCGGCCGCCGCCAUGGCCUCGAUCCAGCUUGCCAAGCGCGAGGGCGCUAUGUCUCGCAUCGACCGGGUCGAAGCGUCGCGACAGGCGUUUAUGAAAAAGUCACCCCGCGGCGAUUCCGACUCGUCGCUCAUCUCGGCUCGGUCCUCGCAGCCGCACGGGGCGUCGAUGGCCAACCUCAAUGGCGACCAAGACUCGAUCACCGUCGACGUCCUCGGCCAGUCGUCUGACUCGGCGCUCUCGCCAAUGCUGGCGCGCGUCCGCGAGCGCGCCCGCCGGCGGGCCUCGGUCUCGUCGGCCGGCUCGGCAUCGACCUCGACCUCGCGCUCGCCGUCGGGCUCGCGCAAGUCGCGCAUCCGCACCGUCCGCGGCAUCUUCUCGGUCUCAACAACCUCGAACAAGCCCGCAGACGACAUCCUCGAUGAGGUCCUCCGCGUCCUCGACGAAGCCGGCAUCCGCUACUCGCGCACCGCCUACCGCAUCGACUGCCAUGCAGACUCAGCCAAUGCUGCCGACGCACCAGCCGAGCUCCCUCCCGACGAUGCCCAGUCUCCCGUCCGCUUUGAGCUCGAGAUCUGCCGUAUCCCGAAAAUGGAUCUGCACGGCCUCCGGCUCAAGCGUAUCAAGGGCGAGACUUGGCGCUACUCACGCCUCGUUCACAUGCUGGUUGCCAAAAUGAAGCUGUGAAGUUGUGA